ACCAAACCAUCUGCACUUUCUUUGGCGAGUUCUCUCUCUCUCUAGGGAAAGCUAACCACGAUGAGGAGGCUGAAGCCAUCGUCUUUAUCCUUUUGUAAGAUCGUAAUCUAGUUUCUUACUUUCAUGGCUGGCACAAAGAUUCCAGCCAACUGGCUCGUGCCUAUAUCUGUUAUGUAUUCGCCUUUCUCAGGUCUCACAUUCUCAACCAUUGAAAGCCCCAAUCUCUCUCUCUCUCUCUCUCUACCUUGAUUUGGGAACUUCAGAUUAGAUGGGGCGAGGGUUCGAUGUUAGAGUGGUGGUCGUGUGGGCAUUGUUGCUUAACCUCUACCUCUUUCCCAGUAAAGCAUCCGCAUCGCUUCGACUAAAUCACUACUCCAAUACGACCUGCCCCAAUGUGGAAAAGAUAGUCAGAGAUGCAGUCACUAAGAAGUUUAAUCAAACAUUCGUCACUGUGCCUGCAACCCUCCGUCUCUUCUUCCACGAUUGCUUUGUCCAGGGAUGCGAUGCGUCGGUUAUGAUCGCUUCUACAGCAAACAACAAAGCCGAGAAGGACAAUCCCAUUAACCUGUCCCUCGCCGGAGAUGGUUUCGACACAGUAAUUAAGGCCAAGGCAGCGGUGGACGCAACCCCUGGUUGCCGGAACAAGGUAUCCUGUGCAGAUAUCCUCGCCAUGGCUGCCCGAGAUGUCGUUGCCCUGGCUGGCGGGCCGUCUUAUCGAGUUAGGUUGGGAAGAUUGGAUGGGCUGAGCUCUACCUCUUCAAGCGUCGACGGAAAUUUACCUCUCCCAAGUUUCAAGCUAGACCAACUCACCUCUAUGUUUGCUUCUCGUGGCCUCGACCUGGGCGACAUGAUCGCUCUUUCAGCGGCACACACGAUUGGGUUUUCUCACUGCAACCAGUUCGCGAAUCGCAUAUACAAUUACUCCGGAAAUACGCUUUUAGGAGUGGUGGAUCCCACGAUCAACACAGAGUACGUGAAGAAAUUGAGAUCGAUGUGCCCCAAGAAUGUGGAUCCCAGGAUAGCCAUCGACAUGGAUCCCACCACCCCUCAGGUGUUCGACAAUAUGUACUAUAAGAAUCUCCAACAAGGCAAGGGGCUUUUCACUUCUGACCAGGUUCUCUACACUGACUCCAGGUCCAAGCCUUUCGUGGAGUUCUGGGCUUCGAACUCUCUUGCCUUCGAAAGAGCCUUCAUCAAUGCCAUGACUAGGCUUGGCCGUGUCGGAGUCAAGAUGGGCUCACAGGGCAACAUCCGCCGCGAUUGUUCAGUCUUUAAUUAACUAACCUUAUUGAUUAAGCUUCUCUCUCUAAUAAAUGAAUUUAACCUUUUUUUUUUUUGUGGUCGAGGCUUGAGACUCGACACCCAUUAGUAAAUCCUAGGAAACACAGUUUAUUAUGUUGAUUCUUUGUAAGUGUCAAUUAUUAUUAAGAAUAAUAUUGUAAGAAGAUUAAAGAAGAAGAAAGAAGUGGAA